CGAACACCGCAUGGCUCAAACACCACCCCUUACCCGGUGAGGUUGAUAUCUUAUGAACAUCUGUCUUCUACAGGAGCACACAUCAUCAUUUCCAAUUCUGGUAGCUCGAGAGUCAAACCUACUCUCAGAAUGAAGGCUGUCCCUUUGUUUGCUGGCUUUUUGGUGGGAGCCAUCACAAUAUACAGUAUCCUGCUGAAGAAGAGGCUCCAGGAGACUUUGUCAAUGCAGCAAGCAUUCAUCCGUAGUGAUGAUCAGCAACAGCAGGAGGAAGAAAUAAAGAUAUGGAAAAAGGAAAUAUCUGCCCUCUUCAACCUGACGCAUCCUCAUCAUACAGGAAAGGACAGUUGCAUGGCUGAUGAGCUGUACAAAAAGGUGCGUGUUCUGUGCUGGGUGAUGACCGGACCAAAAAACCUGGAGACGAAAGCUCGCCAUGUGAAGUCUACUUGGAGUCGUCACUGUAACAUUGUGAUUUUCAUGAGUUCUGAGGACAACCCAGACUUCCCCACAGUGGGCUUAGGUACAAAGGAGGGACGGGAUCAGCUGUACUGGAAAACUAUAAAGGCGUUCCAUUAUGUCUAUGAGCAUCACUUCAACGAGGCUGAUUGGUUCCUCAAAGCAGAUGACGACACCUACGUCAUCGUAGACAACCUGCGAUUACUUCUUGCAAACCACACAGUGGAGGAGCCAGUUUACUUCGGCCGAAGGUUCAAGCCAUUCGCAAAGCAGGGCUACAUGAGUGGUGGGGCAGGAUAUGUGCUGAGCAAAGAGGCUCUGCGGAGAUUUGUGGAAGGAUUUAAAAACAAAACGUGCACUCACGCUUCCUCUAUAGAGGACCUUGAAUUGGGUCGGUGCAUGGAGAAAGUCGGGGUGUUGGCAGGUGACUCCAGGGACAGUGUGCAAAGGGAGAGAUUCCACCCAUUUGUCCCUGAGUUGCACCUCACAUAUAAAUUCCCCAAGGGUGACUGGUAUCAGGGAUACAACUACUAUCCCAUCUCAGAGGGUCCAAACUGCUGCUCAGACCUGUCGGUGUCUUUCCACUACGUAUCGGCUUCAGAAAUGUAUUUAUUGGAGUACUACACCUAUUACCUGCGUGCCUUUGGAUACAGCUACCGUUACGAGCCCCCUGCUCUUCACGCUAGCGUUAAAUAAAUGUCAUGUGUCUUUGGUUGAGCUGCAGCAGCUCUGAAAUGCUUGUUUUAGAAAUGAAGACUUUUUCAUACAUCCCUUAAACAACAUUUUAAAGUUUUGAAUUUAUUUUAAACAUACCCUCAAACAGAUAAAGUUCCAACUAGUUCCUGGUAGUUUACCAUAGAAGGAAUAUUGAUUUGAA